GCAUGUCUCGUCCAGACACACGACCAGUCUGGCAAGACUCGCUUUUUGGAUUGGAACCACUGAACCUUCAACACUGGAUCAACAACUUCAAAGAAAACCAUGAUGUCCAUUGUAAAGAUUUUUUUCUCAUGUUUUCUAUUUCAAGGCAUCUCAUGUCAGCAGUGGUCAGUCUUCAUGCCUCAGACGAUAGAGGGGCUGAGUGGAUCCUGUGUGAUCAUCCCAUGCAAUUUCAGCAUGCCCCUUGAAUGGGACCCAUACCUAGACCAGUCGUGUAAAGCCGUAUGGAAGAGAGGCAGCUGGAGCAGAACGCAGGUGUUUGAUUCUAGCCUCACUGGAGCGAGCGGGAGCUUGAACCUCCUGCAGGGUAACCUGACCGGCAUCCUGCGUGACAAAGACUGCACCACCAUCUUCAACAACCUGCCGUCCAACCAUUACGACAACUAUUACUUCCGACUGCAGUGCGACAACCCUCUGAAGUUUAACUUCCAAAGGAGCGUUCGCAUCACCACUCAAGAUUUACUCCACGGGCCUGUUGUAACUCCGUCCAGCCUGGAGAUAGAAGAAGGGACUCCAGUUGCCUUGAGAUGUUCGGCUAGUGUCCCCUGUCCAGCUCUCCCUCCGCUUGUGACUUGGACUCCCAGUUUAGGGGACAUUGAGGAGAAUAUGGAAGAAAAAUCUUUAAACUCUGUCAUGAACUUUAAUGCCUCUCACCUUCACAAUGGCCAGAAGGUGUCCUGCGUUGCUAUCUACAACAGACAAGCUGGACACAGUGACCUUGUCUACGAAAGAAGUUUGACUAUACAGGUUUUCUACCCGCCACACAACACAUCCGUCAGCGAUUCUGGUCCAGUAUUGGAGGGCAGCUCGGUAAUUCUGACCUGCAGCGCCGACGCCAAUCCAGAGGCGGACAGCUUCGCCUGGUACAAAGUUAACGGGGAGCAAGUGGAAGCAGUUGGGUUCAAGAGCAAACUUUCAACCACGGCUACAGAAGUUGACAACCGGUUUUUCUGCACAGCCGUUAACGGAUAUGGAAGCCAGAACUCCUCCAUCGCUCGGAUAGAAGUGCAGUUUGCUCCUAAGGAGACAACGGUUGUCGUUGAGGCCGCUGGUCCAAUCCUAGAGGGUAGCUCUGUGUCUCUGGUGUGUAGAAGCCGUUCAAACCCACCAGUGACUAAUUACACCUGGUACAAAGAAAACGAGGCGGAUCAUCAGACCGGACCUGUCUUAGUUAUAGACGCCAUCGAUUCCAGCCAUGGUGGUGGCUAUCGCUGCACUGCAAAAAAUGAUCUGGGAGAAGAAACUUCAGGAAAAAUUCAGCUGGAUGUUCAGCAUCCCCCUAAAAACACCACUGUGUCUGCUGACUCUUCUGGUCCGGUUCCUGACGGCAGCUCUGUGACUCUGACCUGCACCAGCGUCGCCAAUCCAGCAGUAGCUAACAUCACCUGGUUCCGAGCUGCAGGAAGAGACAAUGAGGUUGUCGGCUCAGAGCGGGACUUCACCUUCAAUGUGACCAAAUUCUCAGAAGAUCUAUAUUAUUGUCAAGCACUGAAUAUUCAUGGUUCUCAAUACUCAGACCCUGUCACCAUUGAUGUCCUAUAUUCUCCAGAGAUCCUGCCGUCUUCCCGCUGUGUUAAAAUUUUAACCCAGUUUCGAUGCACCUGCGACAGUCGAGGCAACCCGCUUCCUUCUCUGGGCUGGGAGCUGGCUGGAGAACCUGUCAAUCACUCAGCUGACAUCCCAAUACGAGAGAUAAACAUGGCGCAUGGGACCGUGAGGAGUCUCAUCACCCUCUACCGUCUGAAUGAAGACAUGCCCACUUUAGUUUGUCUCAGCAGAAACUCACUAGGCUUGGACAGUCUGGCCUAUAAUGUUUCCUCCAGUCAAAGUCAGCUUGGUGUCGAUGUUGUGUCUCUGCUUAUCGGAUCAGCAGCUGGAGCGCUAGGGAUGAUGGUGAUUUGCAUCCCACUGCUGAUAUUCUGUUGCAGGAAAAGAAAAGACAGCCUCUCACUUAACAAGGAGCUGGUGGAAAAAGGAAAAUGUCCAAUCACCAAUGUGAUCAACUCUUCCUCAGAAGAUGUGGUUUAUGCCGACAAAGCUGCUGUGGAAGAGGUGGAAGAAGACAAGGAAGAGCAUCUGAAUUGUGUCACUGUGGACUUUGCUAAACUGAAGGUCAGGUCAGAGGGUGAGCCCGAGGAUGGCGCUGUCACAGGACUGGCACCAAAGACGGCUGAAUAUGUUGAAAUCUGCCACCAGUGCAGUGAAAGUAAUGAAGGAGACGCAAAAGAGCAAGAAAAUCUUGCAGGCACUCAACUGGGGCAAGGGGAAGAUGCAAAGGAUCUUACAGAAGACGCCACUGAGAAGGUCACAGCUUCAUCUUAAAUAGAUUUGUAGCAGGAAACAAGAUCCUGGACUUUAGUCUCACUUCAACACAAUUCAGAAUGAGCUGAUUCUGAAUCUUUAACCUUCCAUUGAUGCUAGAAGACUGUAGAUAAGCAGCCAUACUUGUAAUGCAACAUUUUGUUUAAUAUUUUAUUGUACUAAAUACUAAUACUUUUUUUCUCUUCAUUAAAAUUCCCACCUUAAAUAAAAGAAACAGAUAUAAGUUUGCAUGUUUUUUUAUUUUAUUUACAUGAACAUGAACAAGCAAUAUGAUUCAUUGUAUACAUCAUAUAUAAGCCUCCAUCUUGUAAAUACAGCAUAGCUUAAAACAAAUGAAUAGCCUUACUGGGCUUUUAGCUUAUGUUA